GUCAAUGUUCAGGGGAGCAAUUGAUUAUAUUAUAUACUGAUAUCGUUUUCUGUUGACGUUCAGAUUGCAAGGUGGGCAAUGGGGGGACAUACAGGGGUCCUGCUUCUAUGACCAUGUUGGGUGUCACAUGUCAGAGGUGGAGCUCCCAAAGCCCCCAUCAGCAUGCCAGUUUCAACCCUGAAUCCCACCCUGACAAAGGCCUGGAGUCCAACAAUUGCAGAAACCCUGACAAUGACGUGAAUGGACCAUGGUGCUACACCACAGACAGAAGCAAAAAAUGGGACUACUGCCAAAUCCCAGAAUGCGCUGGCUUGAAAUGUGGGCAGCCGGUUACAAAACCCAAGAGGUGUUUUGGUCGCAAAUCAAAUCAAAUCAAAUUGUAUCGCAUCGUUGGAGGCUGUGUGACAGAACCCCACUCAUGGCCCUGGCAGAUCAGCCUGAGGACCAACACUGGUGUUCAUUUCUGUGGGGGAACUCUGAUCGCCCCUCAAUGGGUCCUCACCGCUGCCCACUGCCUGGAGAGAUCAAAGAGGCCAUCUGCCUACAAGGUGUUUAUGGGAACCCACACAGAGAGAGGAAAUGAAGCGACCAAGCAGGAGCGUAAUCUGGAGAAACUGAUCCUGGGACCUGACAGGACAGACAUUGCACUGCUGAAGCUAGAAACCCCUGCACUCAUAAAUGACAAGGUUUUACCAGCAUGCUUACCCGAGAAGGAUUACGUGGUACCACCUGGAACAGAGUGCUAUGUGACAGGAUGGGGAGAGACACAAGGAACUGGUGGAGAUGGGAUCCUCAAGGAGACGGGCUUCCCUGUUAUAGAAAAUAAAGUGUGUAAUCGUCCUGCCUACCUGAACAACAGAGUCAAGGACCAUGAGAUGUGUGCUGGGAACAUUGAAGGGGGAACAGACAGCUGUCAGGGUGACAGUGGUGGCCCUCUGGUGUGUCAUGCCCAGAACAGCUUUGUCCUCCAGGGAGUGACAUCCUGGGGUCUGGGCUGUGCCAACGCCUUGAAGCCAGGGGUGUACGCCAGAGUAUCAAAGUUUACGGAUUGGAUUAACAGUCAGAUGAAGAUUCAUUCUUAACACCCUACUCUCCAUAAUCUGAGGAAAUGUGUAAUUUGAGCCACAAAUCUAGUUUUGUUAAGAAUUGAAAGUACAAAUUAAAUACUUGUGGUAAGUGAUUUUGUCAGAAAUUGCAAGGAUCAUUAUUUUUGUUAAGAAAACAAAAUAAUUCAAUUGUUAAGCAAUGCAAAUAUGUUCUAGCCUGGAAGACAGCAAUGGUGUUCGGCCACAUGUUAAAAAAAUUAAAUAAAACAGCUGACAUUGUGUGCAAUUGG